AUGAAUUCGUCUAAAGAGAAAUCAAUUGGUUGGUCGGAAUUUGUCUGGCUCUUUGUGUUUUUGCAGCAUUGUGCGGCCCAUUCUGGUCAUGCUUUGUCGUCAGAGGAGUCUAGCUCGGUGGUAAACCAGCUUUCGUUUCCCGACCUAGUCAACGUCAAGUCUCUUGCUGAUCUCCAAUCGACAUGGCAAUACUCUGGCGAGAUCGAAGUGGACGAAGGCCGUGUUGUUUUGACCCCAACUCCUUCCAUCGCGUCCAAAAACCAAGAAGGUCUGUAUCAGGGCGCAAUUUGGUCCAGAAACACCGUCCAAUCAGACAGCUUUUCUGUCCAUCUCACACUUCGAUCGAUUGGAUCGUACGGUCCAACAGGAGCAGGCUUUUCGUUCUGGCUGAUCGACUCGAACCCUGGUUCCGACGCGUCGAACUUCGGAGGCCCAGCCCAGUACUCGGGUCUUCAGAUCACGCUGGACGCCAACGAUAUCGACCUCGGUCCCGUUCUGAGAGUGUAUCUGAACGACGGAUCGAAAAAAAUUGACAUUUCCAACGAUUAUCUCGGAGCCUACACACACAGUUUCCAGGACUCGCAGGUGCCUUCGACGUUGAAGGUCGCGUACGAGAAGAAUUGGCUCAAAAUCACCUGUGACAAUAAAUUGCUCUUUGAGACAACGGCAAUCAACCUCGACUCGAUCCUGAAAAACGCAAAGAUCGGACUCACAGCUUCUGCUCCGAAAAACAUCCAGAAAACAGAGCAGUUCGAGGUUUUCAUGUUCAAGUUCUUCAACACAGUGAUCAGCUCGAUGAAAGUCGACCCUUCAGAAUCACUGUUUGCCAAGCACCAAAACGGCCCCGUCAUCAAGUCCGACAAGACCUUGACCGCAGCAGAAAUGCAAAAGAUCCAAGAGAAACUGCGCAAGAAAUUGGCAGCAAAGUCGGCAUCGAACACAGACUCGAGCUCAAUAACCGAACAGCUCGUCAAACUGGAGAAUCUCAUCAAACAACAGUCAACUCCUCACGUUCUCCAAAAACAACUGUUUGAUGUGUCGAAAUCGGUCAAGGCCCUGACGGACAAGCACAACACAAUAAACAGCCAGAUGGAGAAACAGUACCAGGCCCUUUUGAAACAAACAGAUGAGCUCAAUUCCAAGUAUGACUCGUUGAAGCAAUUGAUUUCCAGACAAAACCAGCUGCUGGAGCUGGUUGACGACAGAUUUGUUUCGUUCAACACACAUUUCCAAGGACAAUCCCAGAACCACCAAAGUAUCAACGACAAACUCAACAAGUUGCAGGACUAUUACUCGCAAACCAACCGUGGAACUAACUACGAGUCGGAUUUCGAGUCCAAAUUCAACAAGUUCACCUCCGCAGUCAGAUUCAUUUUGAUGCCUGUGGUUGGUCUGUUAAUUGUCAUGACACUGUUGGUGUACAAACUCAGAAACGAUAUCAAACAUGCGAAAGGCAAUCCGUUCACCAAAGACCAUUGUUUGUUGUCUGUGUUUUCUCCUUUCAAGGGCAAGCGGACCAGUUUGUUGUUCAGCGACGACGACCCGAUGUUAUGGAUCCCCAGAGUCGACACCGAGUCCGAGGUUCCAAGUCCACUAAGAAUAUGUUUUGUCUUUGUUGUAUGGUGUUCAACGUCGUCCGUUUUGGAAGACAGGUGGUACGAAGGAACCUUGUUGAUCGAGUUCAGCAAAAUUCCGUCAUUGGCCGUGAUCCCCUGGCCAACCAGAAGAGUCGGUUGA